AUGCAGUCGGAAGAAGCUCCCACUGGUCUCUACUCGAGAUAUCAGGGCUCAUCGUGGGAUGGACAAACGCAAUCGGUUACGCCGGAUGAUGGUUUAUACCACCCAGGUCAAAGAGGGUCAGGGGACCAAAAGACACAAACAUCGGCAACAGGGAAUGGUAUCUCUUACUCUGGUCAGAGCAUGACAGGAGGACAAUGGGCGCAGUCGUCUAGACCAGAUGGCGGCGUCUCCGCCACGGGACAAGGCCGCCCUGGAAGCCAAGGGACAAAUGGAUGGUCUCAGGAUGGUAGCCUGUCCCAAUCCGGCGGAACCGGGUGGAACACGGCAGGGACAGUAUCAGGGGGUCAAUGGUCGCAAGGUACGACGCCGGGUGGUAGUGUUCCGAACGCAGGACAGGCGUCGGUUGGAGGAAAACAGCCACAAGCUGGUACGGCGACAAGCAGCCUGCGGGCGACCCAGUCAACAUCGACGACACAACUUGCACAGACACCUACACCGAGUGCAGGUUUAUACCUCGAGGGACAGAAUAAUGUGGGAAAUGGAAACGGAGGGCAGCUGUCAGCAGAUGGUAGCCUCUCCCAGGCAGGGGUAGCUACUCCAGACGAUGGGCUUUAUCACCCAGAGUACGCAAAUGCAAAUGGUCAAGGGGCACAACAAUGGACAUCAAGUGACAGUCUCUAUUAUCCUGGCGAAUGGAGUCCUGGCUCAGCGACCAAACCUACAUCAACACCCUCUCGCCCGGAGGGCACUGCAACGCAGUUAUCGUCACCGUUGCCAAGCUCCAGCAUCACAAGUAAGCCGACAGCUACGAAUGAUUCUUCUAGCUCAACUACGACCAAUUCACAUGAUGCUACCAAGAUUGCAGUCCCUGUUAGCGUCGGAGUUGUUGCGGCGGCAAUGGCAGGUGUUAUCUUGUGGUGGCUGUAUAGAAAGUCCCAGGCUGCAAAGGCGGCAAGGAAGCGUAACAACUCGUUGGAAGAAGGAGAUUACAUGAAAGAUGACGGACCGUCGCUUCUCAAGAGGAGUGUCGCCACGUUGGGCGGAUAUAGCCUGUUCAAACCUUCCUGGAAACGGACUCGUGUGGCUAGCCAUGCAUCCAUGUGCAUCGAUGAAACUCCAUGCAAUAAAUAUGGAGACCACGUUGAAGGGAACGAGACUCGUGCACCAGGCGAGACCAACCUCUACGACCUCGAGAAGCAACAACCUCCUGAGAAUACUGCUUCUACGGAGACGUUGGCUUCAGAGGGCCCCCGACAUGGGGAUAUAGCGAAGCCAAAUCCUGCUCUGAGAGAUGAGACCUCCAGUAUAUCAACAUCAACACGGGUUUGCACGCCACCAUCGCUACCUGGUGUGCCUGAGGAGCCUGAAGACCAUGAAGAACAUGAAGCACCCAGUCGCCCAAUUACACCAGUUGACUCGCAGGCUGCGGUGGGAGAGGUGUUCUCGGUAGAGAUAGGUUUCACACCGGUUAAUGCCAAGCAGAUAGAGCUCAAACAGGGCCAAAAUGUUACAGUCUCGAAGGUGUAUGAUGACGGCUGGGCACUGUGCCAUUUACCUGAAAGCAAAGCAGAAGGUUUAGCGCCACGAGCGUGCUUGUCAGCCUCGCCUCUUCAAGGGAAGAUCUCAGGCUCUGGAAAUCCGAUGCAGCAUUCACAAUACAACAUCUCCCAAUUUUCAUUCUCAAGUCAAUCAACCGGCCUCUGUCUGGAUGGGGGCCAACCCUCCAACCAUGAUGCGCAACAACCAACGCCUCAGUGA